UCCUCGAGUCCACCGCGUGUGUUGGCGUAGCUCACGCACACGCCGCGUGCAGAGGGGUCCGCCUUGGGGCAGCCCCGAGAUCGUUCCCAGUGCACUAAUUAACCUCAGGCCCUGUGGGUAUAGUUACUGUUUUCCUGUCAUUUUCUCCCCCCUGUGUUUGAAGAGCAUAUUUGGAAGGGAAAGUUUCAGUCUGAAGCUCAAAUUCUCACUGACCGAGGGGCUCGGAGCCAUCCGCAGGGAAGGUGUCCAGGAAGAAUCUAGAAGUGCGGUUUUCUCUCCCGAUAUUUUUUUUCUCUUUUUUAUCGGUACCAGGGAUCGAACUCACAACCACAGGCUUGCAAGGCAGGUGCUUAUGCCGCUAAGCUAAAUCCCCAGCCCCUAUCCCCAUGUUUUCACGUCUGCUCUGCUGGUGUAUUUAUAGCGCAUGGGGAGGCUUCCCAAUUAGGGAUGCUUUCCUUGAAGAUAAAUCGAACUGACCACGACACGCGUGAAACAAGCGGCAGUGCGGUGCGUGGGGUGGGAGGCCUUUGACCCAGGCUCGGUGAAGCCUGCUGGGGGAAGAGACUCGGGCCCCACACGUGGCAGAAACCUUUCCCUGGGCAGUGACGGCUGGAGGCUGCUUCCGGUGACCACAGAGGGGAGGGAAGGAGCCACAGAGCACGAGCCCGGUGUUUGUCUGUGGCCUCAGCCGCCACUUGGCCCCCACAGGAUGGCAGCAGGUGCCAUCGGCGGUCACGGCUUCACGGGAGGGACGGGCCGCCUGCUCCCUAGAAACGGGCCUGGGGUUCCAGGCCUGGGCCACCACACCGCUGUCUCCCUGCUUUUGAGACAUUUCUCUUUCCUCCUACUUGGGUCCUUGGGGAGGGCAGAGACUGGAGUGCCAGCUGAGGACGGAGUCCGCCACCGGGUGCCUGAGGUUCUGCAUGCAGGUGCUGGGUGCGACCUGCCGAGAGCAGCCACUCACCGAGGCCUCCCUGGGGAGGGGCGUGCUCUGUCUCUCACCAGCAGUGCCACUGCGGGCCAUCUCUGCUUUCCAGUGCUGAGCUCCAGCUGAGUGGCACACACCUGCUGCAGGGGCACUGCUUAGAUGGGUCUGCAGAGGGCCAGGUGCGUCUGCCAGGGGUCCAAACCUGAGACUGCUGAUUGGCCCAAAUUCAACGCUGCUGAUUGGUCCAAUUCCAAGACUACUGAUUGGCUGAAAUUCAAGGCUGCUGAUUGGCCCAAGUUGAAGCCUGCUGAUUGAUCCAAUUCCAAGACUGCUGAUUGGCCCAAAUUCAAAACUCCUGAUUGGCCCAAAUUCAAGACUCCUAAUUGAUGCAAAUUGAAGCUUGCUGACUGGUCCAAUUUCAAGACUGCUGAUUGGCCCAAAUUCAGAGCUGGUAAUAGUUCAAAUCCAAUUUGGUCCAAAUUCAAGCCUGCUUCAGGCAGGAUGGAUGUCUCUGGGAGCAGAGGGAGGUGUCCAGGGUUUACACCCCAGCUGUAGCUGUCACUCGCCAGGAAGGGGAAGGGGUGCUGUUUCUGAUGGGUCUCACCCUGGACCCCAGCCCAACUGGACCAUGCCCUGGGACACCCGGGACGGUGCUGGAACUGCACCAACAACUCCAAGAGCCAGUUGGCCGGGCUGAGCAAAGCAAGCUGGAGAGGCAGUGCCCUGGCUGUGAGUUCCGGGUUUGUGAUUCCCAUGUGCGGCCCCUGCAGGCAGGCACUUUGUGACUGUUUCCCUCUGAUCCGAGUCUGUAGGGCUGAAUGCGCCUGCACCUGUCUGGUCGCAAUUUCGGGAUCCGAAGGCAGUGCCUCGGUCCACACUUGUCCAGGGCUGGGGCGCAGAUCCCUGGAAGCUCUGCUUCCCUGUGUCUGCGGUGUAGACGCUGUGCCCACGGCCAGCCCCCUUUCUGAGGGGCGCAUCACCGAGUGCAGAGCUGACGAGAGGGAGAUGAGGUGCAGGCAGCCCUCGGGAAGGUGGCGGUGUGCUUCACAGACAGGCGCCUGCACACGCAUGCACACUCAUGGAAUAACCUGCUGCAUACAUUCACAGGUGCAAACCACUGUGCACCUGCACACAUGUGGAAACAUAUAUGGGCAACAGACACACAAGAGCGUCCCACUGGGCAGACAUUUGCACAAACACCACUCACAUGCAUAGCCCAUUAUGCAUAUGCACACCAGAGUAAUGCACUGUGUACACACACGCAUUCAUACCUACAUUACAUGUUUCCUCUUAUGUUUGAGUUUGCAAUUUUCUGUACCGCUGCGGUGAGCCGGCCACCCUGGGGAGGGUGUCCCUUUGUGCCUGUCACCCUGAGGUGCAGGCCUGUGAGGCUGGCCCUGUGCUGCUUCCCAGGCCCCUUCUCAGCCUGCUUCCUGCCCUCCCAAUUACAGCCCGCUCUCCCUUCGGUCAUGGUAAAAUGGCCAAACAGCUAUUAAUUUUAAGCGUCAAGUGUUCCAUUUAGCAUCACUUCUGAGCCCAGAGCGGGGAAGAGCAAAGCCGUGGUCCACUUGACUUUGAGCAUUUACUGGAGGGUUAGAGUCACCAGCUGGUGCUGAUGAGAAGCGGGUGAGAGGCCAGGCCUUGGGGCACAUGUAGAUCCUCGCAUGCGGAUCCUCGCUGUGAAGACUGCACUGUAGCCGCUGCAGUCCUCACCGUUGGUGACACCCGAAGCACCGCCCUCGGCCCAUGUGUUUCCUUGCUAACCCCUGAGGGCUGGGCGUGUGCAGGGCUCCUUCCCUGCCUCUCGACUUGGUCAGAAGAGCCCGGCCUGGUCAGGAGAGCCCGGCCUGGCUGGGGAGUAACUGGGCUCACAGUGGCUGCUUCUGGCUUCCGCCCUCCCAUGAGGACGCCGUGCAGUCCUAUGGCCAGGGCAGGUGGCUUCAUCCUGACCUCCGCACAAGGACGUCAUGGGACCCAGGGCUGGGAAGCAGCUAUGGGCACACAGUGAGCCCGGGAGCCCUGGAGCGGGAAGUCUCACCAAGAGGCCUCCCUGGAGGGCAGACAAGUGGGCUGCUUGGGCACUUUGGUGUCAGGCUGGGAGGAGGGUGAGGAUGUCCCUGUCACAUCCUGCCUGCCCUGCCUGGGAGGAGGGCACCGGGCAGGACCCCCUCCCCUAGGGGAGUCGGGGCCCUGAGCAUCAGGGAGAGAGCGGUAUCAACAGGGGAACAGUGCUCAGCUGUCAGAGCAGAACUAGCAAACAGUCCAUGCAGGCGGGAGUGUUUCCUCAUGGGGAGUCAGGCGGGAGGACUGUGCGCUCUCCCGGUAACAGGGACGACCCAGCUCUUACAUUGGGCUCCCAGGUCCCCGUGCUUUUCCUUGGGGAAAGGGAGAAGGUGCUCCCCCCCCUCCCCAGUGACAUUGUGCCGACUCUGGGAACCCACGUGACUGUCUGGCCCACGCGCCGAGGGGACCUGCGAGUGAGACCCAGAGCAGCGCGCAGAGAUGCUGGGUUCUCCGUCUGCUUCCUCCGUUGUGUGCUGGGGUGUCAGCACGGUGGCCCUCCUGUGUCUGCGCCUCUGUCCCAUAGCCAUGCCCGUGGCUGCGUCUCUGUGUCUAUGUCCACAUCUGUGUCCUCCUUACCUGUGUCUGCAGAUCUCUACCAUAGCAAGGCCACGUCUUUAUCCACAACUGUCUAUCCAAACACCCACAUCUGUGUCAUUACAUCCCUGUGCACGUCCACGUCUCUGUCCUGUGUCUGCCUGUGUAAAUUGGCGUCCACCAUUCACCGUACCAAUGGACGCCUGGAAGCUCACGGCCACCUCUUCGAGCCCAAAGGCUCUGUACAGAGACACAGACAUGAACGAGCUGCGGUGACAGCCUGGGGUGGAUCCGGCGUUCACCAGGGAAGUGAGAGCCCGCGUGGUGAGGGCACACGGAGUGCGGCUGCUCGGAGAGAUGCCACAGGGGGACCUGCACGCGGCCCUGAAGCGGUGCUCGGCGCUGGUGAACAGCUCGGUGUCGGAGGGCAUGUCGGCCGCCAUCCUGGAGGCCAUGGAUUUGGAGGUCCCCGUGUUGGCCAGGAACAUCCCAGGGAAUGCUGCUGUGGUGACGCACCAAGUCACAGGGCUGCUGUUUGCAGAUGCGCAGGAGUUCAUCCGCCUGGCCAAGAGACUGCUGAAGGAUCCCGUGCUGGGGAAGGAGCUUGCGGCCAAUGGCAAGGCCUAUGUGAACAGGCUGCACUCCUGCGAGGUGGAGAGAGCCACCUACCAGUGCCUCAUCAGGGAUCUUGAGGGGGCCGCCGAGGAGUGAAGGGGCCACAAGGGACGGCCCCAGGGACACCGCGUCCUCCCUGCAGCCUCCUGUGCACACAUGUGCCGCCCUGGAGGUGUCCGUCCAGUCCCUGCUGGAGGUGCUCGGGCUGGGCAGGGCAGGUGGGAGCCACUUAACUUCCGUGGACUCCUGGGCUGCCGUAGCGCAGGCCCCUGCCUGUCUCUGGGGGUACCCUCCCUCCAGGUCCAGCGGCACAAACUGAACUUGGGAAGAGCUGUGGAUGGGUCUGCGCUGCACACCCCUCCGCCAUGGCACAGAGAGCUCCAGAGCGGUGCCCAGUGCUGGGGAAGCCCUUCCGGGGGCCCCACGGGGUGACUGAGUCUCUGGGUCUUGGGUGGCCAGCCUUCCCCUCCCAGCCUUGGGGAGCCACAGGCGAGCUCCUCCCAAGUCACGGACCUCUGCCAGGGGGCGGCCCCGCGUAGCUCUCCAGGGCUGCAGGGGCCCUGAGUGGCGGGUGCAGCGUCCCGUGCCUCUGCUGACUGGGGCUGGCAGGGAAGGUGCCCUGGUCCAGGUUUUGUUCAGACUCCGUGGGGUGAUUUCUGCUUCCCUGCCAUCUCGCUCUGAGAGACCAGCAGAGCCAGGUCUUGCUGUUAGGAGGGCCAGCUCCCCUGUUCCCCCUGGUCCUUGGGUGCCUGGGGAGAAGCGCCUGGGUCCUGUACCAUGUCGCCCUGGCCCCGCGCUGGGGUCGGGGACAGUCACUGUCCAGGAGGGUGGGCGCAGCCUGGCUCCUCCUGGCGGGUGACGCUGCUUUCUCUUGGGUUCAGAGCUGGGCACGGAUGGGGCAGGGGUGGGGCCUCAGUCCUGGGAGGCCGCUCUGGAGUCUGGAGUCUGGAGUCUGGGUGGUCACCAAGGCCACCCUAAGAAGGGCUGAGGCUGGGUCAGUGGCGCCGUGACCCCCAGGCUGCUGCCGUGUAUCUCGGGGCAGGGUGGGGGACUGUCCCCUUUGUGAAACCUGCACCCGCCCAGCACACACAGGAGGCGCAGGCUGGGAGUGAAUAAAAUGUCGCCGUGCACCCCACGGAAGCCGCCCACGUCUUCCUGCAGGGAGCGUCCGGUGCCAGGGCCGCGCCCACCACCCUAGGGGAGGCAGAGGCUGGGCAUCCUGUUGGGGGGGGGGGACUGCGGGGCCCUGGUUUCCCGCCCUGUGAGCCUUGGUGGCUGUGGUGGGGCAAGGGCCACUGUGUUAUAGCUCACGGUGGGGAGUCCUGGCCAGAAUGGGGCCCCUGAGAAAGAGGGGCCACUCUGACCCCCAGGACCCCCAGAGCAUGGCCCCAGGAGGUACCCCAGGGUCCCUUUAAAGGCGCCCCCCCAGUGGUACGACCCUGGCCCAAGGCUUUACACCCUGGUCUUUGGGUGACAUCGAAGGUUUGAGCUGAGCCAGGCCUGUGAUGUGCAGGUAAGCCUGGCACUGUGGGAGGCUGAGGCAGGAGGGUCACAGUUUGAGCCAGCCUCAGUGAGAUCCCGUCUCAAAAAAAUAAAAAAGACAAAGGAAGGGAAAAAGGCUGGAGACUCGGUUCAGUGUGAAGGCCCUGGGUUUUGUAAGCCUACCCUGUAAAUCUGUUAUGUAAUCGUCCCUAUCUUUUAUAUUAACUCUGUUCCUCUAGUGAAGCUGAACUGAUGUACCUCAUGAGCACGAUUUAUAAUAAUUAACCAAAGAAAAAGCUGCUUUUUUUGAGACAGGGUCUUACUACGUAGCCCAGAGCAGCCUGAAUGCUCGAUGUUCCUCCUGCCUCAGCCUCCUGUGCACUAGGGUUCCAGGCAUGAACCGCCACACCCAUCUAAUAAAUUUAAGUAGGAAUUAACAGUGGGUUUGAGCCGAACAGGACUAAAUUUGAACAAUUAUGAAUUCAGUAUACUGAUUAAAACAAAAUCAUGAUGACUGAAUUUGAAAAAAAGAUCCAACUGCAGCCCAAAGCUGCAUAAGGGGUGUUUUCCGUGUCGUUCUUGGGUGGACGGGGUCUCAGGGCUGUUAGCACAGUGGGGACCUUGGCCCCCGGUCCUCUCCAUCCAGCUGAGACAGCCUGCAGAGUCCUUCCCAGCUGCAUCCCCAAGCCCAGCGCAGGCUAUGCGCUCUCCUGAAUGGGUCUCAGCUGCCCAGCAGGCGCCGGUCAGCAGCCAGCUCAGGGUGGAUGCCCACACUCAUCCCUGUGCCACAUUGGACCCCUGGUGGCCUCGGUGGCUGUGCUGCUUGGAGCCACAAACCUCCCCUCAAGAUCCCAGCAAAGGAGCCAGCCUGGCCGGUCAUGGCCCCUGACACAGCGAGCCUCUCCCACCCUGCUGUGGCUGAGUUUUGCGGGCUCGAUGGCUCCUGGUGCAGGGGCUGCGUGGAUGUGGCGUCCAGCUGGGGCAGGCGAGGCACCUCACAGGACGUGAGGGGUGAUCAGAACCCACAGCUGACAGUUGAGGGCGAAGUCUCCUGAGGAGAGGCCUCCCACAGAACCCAGACCCAAAAUGACAUCACACUUUCUUUUUAACACUGUGGACCAAUCAGGAAACGUCUGUUUUCUGUCCUCCAUUAGAAUCUGGAUCUGCCCUCAGGACCAAUCAGAAGAUGCUAUUCUCCAUCCUUCAUUUGCAUGUGUGCCCAGCCAAUCAAAAGGCUGAGUUUUGACCCUUUAUGUACAUCAGGGGAGGCCCAGGGGUCUUUCCACAGGACAGUUAGAGCUGGUGUGGGCUGGUGAAUGUCUGCUAGUAUGUCUGUCCCGAUGCAUGAGGGGAAGCCGGCCAAGGAUUCUGGUUACUAGAGACCCCUGUCCCUUAUCCUUAGGCUGCUAGGGGCCUUCUCUCCAGCCUAAAGUCGCUCUGUGGAGUGUGUCUCCUCUCUAUUUCCCCUAAAUUGUCCCCUCAUUGCUUUCCCUGUGUCUUGUCCAGUUCUUUGUGCUGCACAGCAAGAACCUGGACAGAAGCCCCGGGACUCUCCAUCUGGUGAUGGUGAGGGCUGUGCCCCAUGACUUGAGUUUCUCCCCAGCUGCCCAGGGACAAGGUGCUGGGAAUACACUCCAGCUGACAACCACAUGGUGCCCGCCUUCCUACCUUUCUCUGGCAUCUCCCAGCCCCACCCUCGCAGCUCUGACCCCAGUGUCAGGGGUCCAGGGCUGCAGGUGGACAUCAAGCUGGACCCUCCCCAUGCCACACAGCCCUCCCACGGGGAGCAGACCCGACAUCUGGCUUCUAGAGCCCUGGAUGCCUGGGAUCCCAGAUCAAGUGGCCGAGAUCUGCACGUAGACUCGGACCUUAGUCCCCAAAGAGCCCACAUGCAGCCCCUAUUGAUGACUUCAGACCCAUGCGAUGAAUUUCAGUAAAGACUACAAGUUCAUGAAAAAUGAGGCCAUUCUACAAAGAGGCUGGAUUGUGCUUUUGUACUAAAAAAUAAUUGAGAAACUAGGUUUAAUCUGUUCAGCCAAAUUUAUUUAUAUGAAUGUAGAGCCAGCCCAAGCAGGCAUCCACUCUCUUUCCUCUGUUCCAGAUCCUGAUCCUGCCAGGGGGCAGAGGGCUCUCUGUUCCUGCCUCACAUGUUUCUGACCACCAUAGUGGACCUUGGAUUAGAGUCACCUCUGAGGAGGAAGAGGGGAGGAGGGGCAGGACAGAGGGUCUGAGAGCCCGUGAAGAUGACCCUGGCUUAGAUGAUGGUAUGCCUUGGAACUAGAUGUCCCUCCAAAGCCUCGUGUGUUCGCGUGGAGCUGGAUCACAGGGGUGCUGUGUUCAUGACUGAGGAACCCACAGAUGAAUGUGUGUUAGGAGGUGGCCCUGGGGGAGGGGUCCGGAAGGUGCAUCUCCCUUGAGACAAGCUAGUUUUAGACUCUGGCUGAGGUUGCAGACAUCCUGUCUGGUAUUCAUCCCUGAGUGCCUUCUAAGGCCAGCAUGUUGUUUCCUUUGGGUUUUAAUUUAUGUCCAGGUCACCAGGAUACAGGUUGCCUUUCUCUCCAUACAGUUAUUUGUAUUUCAAUCCCCAGCUGCUCAUUGCAUCUACCCUGUGGGUUCUACAGAAAACUCAGUGUCGUGGAGCACAUGAAAUAAACAUGUUGACUGUGUGAA